AUGACGCCAUUGGUGAUGAAAAUAGAAAAGUCGCGGCCGGCCAAACCACCACAUCAAACGCUGGGCUCGGAGAAGGCAUCUCCCUUUCCUGAGCUCACCACUCAAGAACCCCCAGUCUAUCUAAACACUCGGAUGCCUGUGGAUCGGGUGGGCAACGGCCAGACCUCACUGGGGUUUGCAGAGGAACUUUCCGUGGGCGAAUAUGUUUGUGAUGUGGAUAGCAGAGAAACCCAGGAGAGCAUUCACACAGUGGGGCCAGCUGCCUUCAAUUAUGCCGAAAACCCAAGCCACAGCGGUCCCCCGUGCACUGAUGCAGCCGCUUUGAUCUGGGGCAGCCAGGGAAAGACAAAAGCUGCAUGCGUCAACGGCUUCAAGGGAGCUCAAUCAACACCCGGUCCGAGCAUGAACGCCAGCCACGCCAUGCCACAUCAGUGCACGGUCUCUGGGCAGCACCGUAGGCUGGGCAUGUGCUCGCUAUGCGCCGCGGUGAUAUGA